UACAGAGUCAUCAUUGUUCGCCGCUGAAAAUCCCCCCCCCUCGUUAUAUGUACGGCCGCCGGCAAAUCCCCGCAUAACUCUCCCCGCCGCCGCUCCGCCCCAAGUAAUUCCUGGUAUGCUCUAACUAUGGCUGCUCCGAGACCGGCAUUUUCUAUUUCUCCGGCAGCGAGUAACCCGAUCAGGUUCGGAUGUUUGCCGCCGCAAUGCCUUGUCCGUGUUUCUCGGUCUACGUAUCCACGAGUAGCAGCUACAAGUUUUGUUUUGCCCAGUUCUCGGAAGCGGAUUUGUGGCGGCGAUGUGUUCCGAUGUGAACUCCCGGAUUUUCGUGUUUCGGCUUCAACUACGGGCGUAUCAACUGAGACAUCGGUGGACCAGGUUCAACUCCCUAGAGGUGAUAUGUGGAGUGUUCACAAGUUUGGUGGGACUUGUGUGGGAAACUCACAACGGUUAAGGAAUGUUGCUGAAGUCAUCAUAAAUGACAAUUCAGAAAGGAAGCUGGUUGUUGUGUCAGCAAUGUCGAAGGUUACAGAUAUGAUGUAUGAUCUAAUCCACAAGGCACAGUCAAGGGAUGAUUCGUAUGUGUACGCGCUGGAUGCUGUUCUGGAAAAGCAUCGGUUGACAGCUCGCGAUCUUCUUGAUGGAGCAGAUCUUGCGAGUUUCUUGUCCUGUUUGCAUAAAGAUGUUAAUAACCUCAAAGCAAUGCUCCGUGCCAUAUACAUAGCUGGCCAUGCAUCUGAGUCAUUUUCGGAUUUUGUUGUUGGACAUGGAGAGCUAUGGUCUGCUCAGAUGCUAUCAUUUGUUGUCAGAAAGACUGGGCUAGAGUGCAAGUGGAUGGAUACUAGAGAUGUGCUUAUUGUCAAUCCCACCAGCUCUAAUCAGGUCGAUCCUGAUUUUGCUGAAUCUGAGCGAAGAAUUGAAAAAUGGUUCUCGCAAAAUCCAUCGAAAGUAAUUGUUGCAACAGGGUUCAUUGCUAGUACUCCGCAGAACAUCCCAACAACUUUGAAAAGAGAUGGAAGUGAUUUUUCAGCAGCUAUAAUGGGUGCCCUUUUAAGGGCUCGCCAGGUCACAAUUUGGACUGAUGUGGAUGGUGUAUACAGCGCAGAUCCUCGGAAAGUUAACGAGGCUGUGAUACUGAAGACACUGUCAUACCAAGAGGCCUGGGAAAUGUCUUAUUUUGGAGCAAAUGUCCUACAUCCCCGUACUAUUAUCCCUGUGAUGCGAUAUGAUAUUCCGAUUGCGAUUAGAAAUAUAUUCAAUCUCUCUGCUCCGGGAACAAUGAUUUGCCAACCUGCUUCUGCUGAAAAUGCGGAUGACUAUAACUUGGAGACCCCUGUCAAAGGAUUCGCAACUAUUGACAAUUUGGCUCUUGUAAAUGUUGAAGGUACUGGAAUGGCUGGUGUACCUGGUACUGCUAGUGACAUUUUCGGUGCUGUCAAAGAUGUUGGAGCUAAUGUGAUUAUGAUAUCACAGGCUAGCAGUGAGCAUUCUGUGUGCUUUGCUGUGCCCGAAAAGGAGGUGAAAGCUGUUUCUGAAGCACUGCGAUCUAGAUUUAGUCAAGCUUUAAAUGCAGGACGUCUUUCCCAGAUCGAGGUAAUACCUAAUUGUAGCAUCCUAGCAGCAGUGGGUCAAAAAAUGUCAAGUACACCUGGAGUUAGUGCUACCCUUUUCAACGCCCUUGCGAAGGCUAAUAUUAAUGUCCGUGCUAUAGCUCAAGGUUGUUCUGAGUACAAUGUUACUGUAGUUGUCAGACGCGAAGAUUGCGUAAGGGCGCUAAAAGCUGUGCAUUCAAGGUUUUUUCUGUCAAGAACCACCAUAGCAAUGGGAAUAAUAGGUCCAGGCUUGAUUGGUGGCACAUUACUUGAUCAGCUUAGGGACCAGGCUGGCGUUCUCAAACGAGAAUUUAACAUUGAUCUGCGUGUUAUGGGAAUUACUGGAUCAAGAACUAUGCUGCUAAGUGACAUUGGGAUUGACUUGUCGAGAUGGAGAGAACUUCUGAACGAGAGAGGAGAAGAGGCUAAUAUGGAUAAAUUCACUCAGCACGUGCAUGGAAAUCAUUUUAUUCCCAACACUGUCUUGGUUGAUUGUACUGCAGACUCUAAUAUCGCUACCCGUUACUAUGAUUGGUUACGGAGAGGCAUGCAUGUCAUUACCCCAAAUAAGAAGGCUAACUCAGGGCCCCUUGACCAGUACCAAAAGCUGAGAGCUCUUCAAAGGAAAUCCUACACUCAUUACUUCUAUGAAGCCACUGUUGGAGCCGGUCUUCCAAUUAUCAGCACUUUAAGAGGUCUCCUUGAGACCGGAGACAAGAUACUACGGAUAGAGGGCAUUUUCAGUGGGACUUUGAGUUAUUUAUUCAACAAUUUUGUCGGAAGUCGAAAUUUCAGUGAGGUAGUGGCAGAAGCAAAAAAGGCCGGUUACACUGAACCUGAUCCAAGAGAAGAUCUAUCUGGAACUGAUGUUGCUAGGAAGGUGAUAAUUCUCGCUAGAGAAUCCGGCCUGAGAUUGGACCUCUCUGACCUACCCAUUAGAAGUCUCGUGCCCGAACCUUUAAAAGCAUGCACAUCUGCUGAAGAAUUCAUGGAGAAGCUACCACAAUUUGACAAAGACUUGGCCAAAGAAAGACAGGAAGCUGAAAAAUCGGGAGAAGUAUCUUCGAACUUUCUAGCCAUGCCGGUACUGCAUCCUCUCAGAAUCAUAACAUCUGAAACCCUUCCUUUUCCCGUCGGUAUAGGACGAUUUCGUUCUUCAAUAUCUCAUUUCGCUAAAGUGCUCUGUUCUGAUAGUUUUCCUUUUCACUUGCAGGCUAAUAUUAAUGUCCGUGCUAUAGCUCAAGGUUGUUCUGAGUACAAUGUUACUGUAGUUGUCAGACGCGAAGAUUGCGUAAGGGCGCUAAAAGCUGUGCAUUCAAGGUUUUUUCUGUCAAGAACCACCAUAGCAAUGGGAAUAAUAGGUCCAGGCUUGAUUGGUGGCACAUUACUUGAUCAGCUUAGGGACCAGGCUGGCGUUCUCAAACGAGAAUUUAACAUUGAUCUGCGUGUUAUGGGAAUUACUGGAUCAAGAACUAUGCUGCUAAGUGACAUUGGGAUUGACUUGUCGAGAUGGAGAGAACUUCUGAACGAGAGAGGAGAAGAGGCUAAUAUGGAUAAAUUCACUCAGCACGUGCAUGGAAAUCAUUUUAUUCCCAACACUGUCUUGGUUGAUUGUACUGCAGACUCUAAUAUCGCUACCCGUUACUAUGAUUGGUUACGGAGAGGCAUGCAUGUCAUUACCCCAAAUAAGAAGGCUAACUCAGGGCCCCUUGACCAGUACCAAAAGCUGAGAGCUCUUCAAAGGAAAUCCUACACUCAUUACUUCUAUGAAGCCACUGUUGGAGCCGGUCUUCCAAUUAUCAGCACUUUAAGAGGUCUCCUUGAGACCGGAGACAAGAUACUACGGAUAGAGGGCAUUUUCAGUGGGACUUUGAGUUAUUUAUUCAACAAUUUUGUCGGAAGUCGAAAUUUCAGUGAGGUAGUGGCAGAAGCAAAAAAGGCCGGUUACACUGAACCUGAUCCAAGAGAAGAUCUAUCUGGAACUGAUGUUGCUAGGAAGGUGAUAAUUCUCGCUAGAGAAUCCGGCCUGAGAUUGGACCUCUCUGACCUACCCAUUAGAAGUCUCGUGCCCGAACCUUUAAAAGCAUGCACAUCUGCUGAAGAAUUCAUGGAGAAGCUACCACAAUUUGACAAAGACUUGGCCAAAGAAAGACAGGAAGCUGAAAAAUCGGGAGAAGUAUCUUCGAACUUUCUAGCCAUGCCGGUACUGCAUCCUCUCAGAAUCAUAACAUCUGAAACCCUUCCUUUUCCCGUCGGUAUAGGACGAUUUCGUUCUUCAAUAUCUCAUUUCGCUAAAGUGCUCUGUUCUGAUAGUUUUCCUUUUCACUUGCAGGCUAAUAUUAAUGUCCGUGCUAUAGCUCAAGGUUGUUCUGAGUACAAUGUUACUGUAGUUGUCAGACGCGAAGAUUGCGUAAGGGCGCUAAAAGCUGUGCAUUCAAGGUUUUUUCUGUCAAGAACCACCAUAGCAAUGGGAAUAAUAGGUCCAGGCUUGAUUGGUGGCACAUUACUUGAUCAGCUUAGGGACCAGGCUGGCGUUCUCAAACGAGAAUUUAACAUUGAUCUGCGUGUUAUGGGAAUUACUGGAUCAAGAACUAUGCUGCUAAGUGACAUUGGGAUUGACUUGUCGAGAUGGAGAGAACUUCUGAACGAGAGAGGAGAAGAGGCUAAUAUGGAUAAAUUCACUCAGCACGUGCAUGGAAAUCAUUUUAUUCCCAACACUGUCUUGGUUGAUUGUACUGCAGACUCUAAUAUCGCUACCCGUUACUAUGAUUGGUUACGGAGAGGCAUGCAUGUCAUUACCCCAAAUAAGAAGGCUAACUCAGGGCCCCUUGACCAGUACCAAAAGCUGAGAGCUCUUCAAAGGAAAUCCUACACUCAUUACUUCUAUGAAGCCACUGUUGGAGCCGGUCUUCCAAUUAUCAGCACUUUAAGAGGUCUCCUUGAGACCGGAGACAAGAUACUACGGAUAGAGGGCAUUUUCAGUGGGACUUUGAGUUAUUUAUUCAACAAUUUUGUCGGAAGUCGAAAUUUCAGUGAGGUAGUGGCAGAAGCAAAAAAGGCCGGUUACACUGAACCUGAUCCAAGAGAAGAUCUAUCUGGAACUGAUGUUGCUAGGAAGGUGAUAAUUCUCGCUAGAGAAUCCGGCCUGAGAUUGGACCUCUCUGACCUACCCAUUAGAAGUCUCGUGCCCGAACCUUUAAAAGCAUGCACAUCUGCUGAAGAAUUCAUGGAGAAGCUACCACAAUUUGACAAAGACUUGGCCAAAGAAAGACAGGAAGCUGAAAAAUCGGGAGAAGUAUCUUCGAACUUUCUAGCCAUGCCGGUACUGCAUCCUCUCAGAAUCAUAACAUCUGAAACCCUUCCUUUUCCCGUCGGUAUAGGACGAUUUCGUUCUUCAAUAUCUCAUUUCGCUAAAGUGCUCUGUUCUGAUAGUUUUCCUUUUCACUUGCAGGCUAAUAUUAAUGUCCGUGCUAUAGCUCAAGGUUGUUCUGAGUACAAUGUUACUGUAGUUGUCAGACGCGAAGAUUGCGUAAGGGCGCUAAAAGCUGUGCAUUCAAGGUUUUUUCUGUCAAGAACCACCAUAGCAAUGGGAAUAAUAGGUCCAGGCUUGAUUGGUGGCACAUUACUUGAUCAGCUUAGGGACCAGGCUGGCGUUCUCAAACGAGAAUUUAACAUUGAUCUGCGUGUUAUGGGAAUUACUGGAUCAAGAACUAUGCUGCUAAGUGACAUUGGGAUUGACUUGUCGAGAUGGAGAGAACUUCUGAACGAGAGAGGAGAAGAGGCUAAUAUGGAUAAAUUCACUCAGCACGUGCAUGGAAAUCAUUUUAUUCCCAACACUGUCUUGGUUGAUUGUACUGCAGACUCUAAUAUCGCUACCCGUUACUAUGAUUGGUUACGGAGAGGCAUGCAUGUCAUUACCCCAAAUAAGAAGGCUAACUCAGGGCCCCUUGACCAGUACCAAAAGCUGAGAGCUCUUCAAAGGAAAUCCUACACUCAUUACUUCUAUGAAGCCACUGUUGGAGCCGGUCUUCCAAUUAUCAGCACUUUAAGAGGUCUCCUUGAGACCGGAGACAAGAUACUACGGAUAGAGGGCAUUUUCAGUGGGACUUUGAGUUAUUUAUUCAACAAUUUUGUCGGAAGUCGAAAUUUCAGUGAGGUAGUGGCAGAAGCAAAAAAGGCCGGUUACACUGAACCUGAUCCAAGAGAAGAUCUAUCUGGAACUGAUGUUGCUAGGAAGGUGAUAAUUCUCGCUAGAGAAUCCGGCCUGAGAUUGGACCUCUCUGACCUACCCAUUAGAAGUCUCGUGCCCGAACCUUUAAAAGCAUGCACAUCUGCUGAAGAAUUCAUGGAGAAGCUACCACAAUUUGACAAAGACUUGGCCAAAGAAAGACAGGAAGCUGAAAAAUCGGGAGAAGUAUCUUCGAACUUUCUAGCCAUGCCGGUACUGCAUCCUCUCAGAAUCAUAACAUCUGAAACCCUUCCUUUUCCCGUCGGUAUAGGACGAUUUCGUUCUUCAAUAUCUCAUUUCGCUAAAGUGCUCUGUUCUGAUAGUUUUCCUUUUCACUUGCAGGCUAAUAUUAAUGUCCGUGCUAUAGCUCAAGGUUGUUCUGAGUACAAUGUUACUGUAGUUGUCAGACGCGAAGAUUGCGUAAGGGCGCUAAAAGCUGUGCAUUCAAGGUUUUUUCUGUCAAGAACCACCAUAGCAAUGGGAAUAAUAGGUCCAGGCUUGAUUGGUGGCACAUUACUUGAUCAGCUUAGGGACCAGGCUGGCGUUCUCAAACGAGAAUUUAACAUUGAUCUGCGUGUUAUGGGAAUUACUGGAUCAAGAACUAUGCUGCUAAGUGACAUUGGGAUUGACUUGUCGAGAUGGAGAGAACUUCUGAACGAGAGAGGAGAAGAGGCUAAUAUGGAUAAAUUCACUCAGCACGUGCAUGGAAAUCAUUUUAUUCCCAACACUGUCUUGGUUGAUUGUACUGCAGACUCUAAUAUCGCUACCCGUUACUAUGAUUGGUUACGGAGAGGCAUGCAUGUCAUUACCCCAAAUAAGAAGGCUAACUCAGGGCCCCUUGACCAGUACCAAAAGCUGAGAGCUCUUCAAAGGAAAUCCUACACUCAUUACUUCUAUGAAGCCACUGUUGGAGCCGGUCUUCCAAUUAUCAGCACUUUAAGAGGUCUCCUUGAGACCGGAGACAAGAUACUACGGAUAGAGGGCAUUUUCAGUGGGACUUUGAGUUAUUUAUUCAACAAUUUUGUCGGAAGUCGAAAUUUCAGUGAGGUAGUGGCAGAAGCAAAAAAGGCCGGUUACACUGAACCUGAUCCAAGAGAAGAUCUAUCUGGAACUGAUGUUGCUAGGAAGGUGAUAAUUCUCGCUAGAGAAUCCGGCCUGAGAUUGGACCUCUCUGACCUACCCAUUAGAAGUCUCGUGCCCGAACCUUUAAAAGCAUGCACAUCUGCUGAAGAAUUCAUGGAGAAGCUACCACAAUUUGACAAAGACUUGGCCAAAGAAAGACAGGAAGCUGAAAAAUCGGGAGAAGUAUCUUCGAACUUUCUAGCCAUGCCGGUACUGCAUCCUCUCAGAAUCAUAACAUCUGAAACCCUUCCUUUUCCCGUCGGUAUAGGACGAUUUCGUUCUUCAAUAUCUCAUUUCGCUAAAGUGCUCUGUUCUGAUAGUUUUCCUUUUCACUUGCAGGCUAAUAUUAAUGUCCGUGCUAUAGCUCAAGGUUGUUCUGAGUACAAUGUUACUGUAGUUGUCAGACGCGAAGAUUGCGUAAGGGCGCUAAAAGCUGUGCAUUCAAGGUUUUUUCUGUCAAGAACCACCAUAGCAAUGGGAAUAAUAGGUCCAGGCUUGAUUGGUGGCACAUUACUUGAUCAGCUUAGGGACCAGGCUGGCGUUCUCAAACGAGAAUUUAACAUUGAUCUGCGUGUUAUGGGAAUUACUGGAUCAAGAACUAUGCUGCUAAGUGACAUUGGGAUUGACUUGUCGAGAUGGAGAGAACUUCUGAACGAGAGAGGAGAAGAGGCUAAUAUGGAUAAAUUCACUCAGCACGUGCAUGGAAAUCAUUUUAUUCCCAACACUGUCUUGGUUGAUUGUACUGCAGACUCUAAUAUCGCUACCCGUUACUAUGAUUGGUUACGGAGAGGCAUGCAUGUCAUUACCCCAAAUAAGAAGGCUAACUCAGGGCCCCUUGACCAGUACCAAAAGCUGAGAGCUCUUCAAAGGAAAUCCUACACUCAUUACUUCUAUGAAGCCACUGUUGGAGCCGGUCUUCCAAUUAUCAGCACUUUAAGAGGUCUCCUUGAGACCGGAGACAAGAUACUACGGAUAGAGGGCAUUUUCAGUGGGACUUUGAGUUAUUUAUUCAACAAUUUUGUCGGAAGUCGAAAUUUCAGUGAGGUAGUGGCAGAAGCAAAAAAGGCCGGUUACACUGAACCUGAUCCAAGAGAAGAUCUAUCUGGAACUGAUGUUGCUAGGAAGGUGAUAAUUCUCGCUAGAGAAUCCGGCCUGAGAUUGGACCUCUCUGACCUACCCAUUAGAAGUCUCGUGCCCGAACCUUUAAAAGUGACGACUAUGUCCCCUUUUUUUUUUGUUAAAUCACCUGACAAUCCUUCGAUGCAUCUAAUAUCUUCUGCUCCUUCGCUUCAGGCAUGCACAUCUGCUGAAGAAUUCAUGGAGAAGCUACCACAAUUUGACAAAGACUUGGCCAAAGAAAGACAGGAAGCUGAAAAAUCGGGAGAAGUAUCUUCGAACUUUCUAGCCAUGCCGGCUAAUAUUAAUGUCCGUGCUAUAGCUCAAGGUUGUUCUGAGUACAAUGUUACUGUAGUUGUCAGACGCGAAGAUUGCGUAAGGGCGCUAAAAGCUGUGCAUUCAAGGUUUUUUCUGUCAAGAACCACCAUAGCAAUGGGAAUAAUAGGUCCAGGCUUGAUUGGUGGCACAUUACUUGAUCAGCUUAGGGACCAGGUGAACUCAACUCUCUAG